AUGGGUUGGGAAUCRCAGCUCCUGGAGACAGGAUUCCUGGGAAUAUUCCUCUGCCCACUCUGGAGCCUGUCCCGCCUUCCCCAGGGCUCUCCUCCUUCCAGAAUUGUCAUCUGGGCUUUCCGCUGGCUGAUUUUCAGGAUCAUGCUCGGAGCGGGGCUGAUUAAAAUCCGAGGAGAUCGCUGCUGGAGGGAGUUAACCUGCAUGGAUUAUCACUACGAGACACAGCCGGUGCCCAGCCCCAUCUCGUACUUCAUGCACCGCUCGCCGUGGUGGUUCCAUCGCUUCGAGACUUUGGUCAACCACUUCAUCGAGCUGGUGGUGCCCUUCUUCCUUCUGCUGGACCGAAAGAUGUGCAUCCUGCACGGGCUGCUGCAGAUCCUCUUCCAGGUGCUCCUGAUCAUCAGUGGGAACCUGAGUUUCCUGAACUGGCUGACCAUGGUGCCCAGCUUGGCGUGCUUCGAUGAUGCCAGCCUGGGGCUCCUCUUUGGUGCUCGGCUGAAGGAACGGGUGGCACGGAUGGAACUCCCGGGGACACGGCCAGAGAGGCUUUCCCUGGGCUCCUGCAUCCGCCGAGUGCUGAACAUCUCCCUGGGUCUCCUCAUCACCUACCUCAGCGUGCCCGUGGUGCUGAACCUGCUGAGCUCCAGGCAGGUCAUGAACACCUCCUUCAACCCCCUCCGCAUCGUCAACACCUACGGAGCCUUCGGGAGCAUCACCAAGGAGAGGACAGAGGUGAUCCUUCAGGGGACAGCCAGCCUGGAUCCCAAUGACCCCRCUGCUGUCUGGGAGGAGUUUGAGUUCAAGUGCAAGCCCGGGGACCUGCGGAGGAGGCCGUGCCUCAUCUCCCCCUACCACUAUCGCCUCGACUGGCUCAUGUGGUUUGCUGCCUUCCAGACCUACGAGCAGAACGAAUGGAUCAUCCACCUGGCAGGAAAGCUGCUGGCCCAGGAAGAGGAGACCUUGUCCCUGCUGGCCACCAACCCCUUUGCAGGCAGAGAACCCCCGAGGUGGAUCCGAGGGGAACACUUCAGGUACAAGUUCAGCCAGCCCGGCGGGAAGCACGCCAGCGAUGGCAAGUGGUGGAUCCGCAGGAGGAUCGGCCCCUACUUCCCCCCUGUCAACCUGGCGGGCCUCAGGAAGUUCUUUGAGGACAGGAGGUGGCCGUACCCCGUGCGGGACUGAGGGAACACCGUGGCCAGGCCGAGAGGGACCAGCUGGGAACAGGGAGAACGGGCGGCUCCCUUCCCAACAUCUCCUGCCUCUCUCUUUUAUAUCCACACUUUGUCCACGCAGUUUUUCCAGAACAUUCCAAUUUACCCACUUGCUCYGUGAGCUGCUUUUUCUCAUCUUGGUGAUUGAUUUCUCCAGCCAGACUGCUCCGUUUGGGAAUUGUCACCUCUGGAGUUGGGUAAAAGUCAAGCGAAUAACCAUGGUUGGUUUUUGGGGUGGUGG